AUGUCGUGCUACGAAGGAGGUUUCCGGCUGAAUGACGCAGUAUCUGAGUGCUCGAUGAGAAGCAAAGCCAGGAUCGAUUCAUUAUUCGAAGACACUAGGUCAAUAUGCAGCUCGAGCUACGGAGACGUCUACGGAAGCAUCUACGGAAAUCUGGGCGAUGCUAAUCUCGACGAGCAGAAAAAAAUAAAUGGCGCCAUCCAGGCCCGGAUUGAGGCCAUGUUUGCAUCCGUCGAGGCUGAAGCCGGUGAAAAGGGUGAAUGCGCGGCCGCUAUCUUGCCGGUAAAAUAUCUAGGCGCUGCUCCAGUAGGAGGGAGAAUUGCAAGUGUAAGAGGACUCCAGGAGCCACUGAGGCAAUUAUUGGAACGGAUGGAAAAUAUUGUGUCAGCGGAACUAGAAGUAUCGAGGCGUGGUCUGACAUUCCGAACACCUGGGUCCAUUGAGAAGACAAAUCCUUUCCGAAGAAUAGCGGUCUGGAGCGCUUUAAGAUUGCGUGUAAGACGAUUACUGCCUGAUGCAUCAUCAGAAGUGGCGCCGAACGAGUAUCACCAUGCAUUUAUCCCGCUAAUUGGCGACGAGCAGACACCUGGCAGUGAAGACAAGCACGCUGACUUGUAUCGUACGAUGCGAGGUCUUGCAACAGAUGUUAGUCGGUACCCCCCGCUUUUUGCUGUGGUAAUGAGACGUCCCGGAGCAGCGAGAGUACUUGAGUGUCAUGUAUUUGCCUGCUCAAGCGAGGAAGAAGCUGUUGCUGCCGCUGCGACGUUGUACCGAGCGCUAUUAGCAGAUCUUGAUUCAAAUCGCAGACGUCCUAGACAGACCAAUGGUCUAGGUUGUGUCAGUCUGGCUUCAGUAGCUUCCAGCGUCGCUGAUUAUACCUCGAUUGCAAGUAAAAAUACUUACAAUAAUUUUCCUGCUAAAGUAUCGGCUCCUCAUCCUGUCAGACCUCCAAGGUCCAAGAAGAAUUCUUCUUUGUCAGGUUCUACGACGGAUGGUGGGUCUACCAGGUCAGUUAUUAUUAAUAAUGGUAAGGUUGCAAGGCGUAAAAAGACUUCGGAGAUCAGGUCUGAGGAUGUUGCUGAGGCGAGAAAACGACACAGUCUGAUGAUGAAGGAGAGAAGUGUUUUGAAAGAACUGAGGGAUGAUGAUUCUGUUAAAGAAAAUAGCAGAGAAGUUAAACGGAGAAAUUCUAUUAAUAGGAAUAAUAAUGAAGGUGUUAAUUUGAGGAAUAAAAUUUAUUCGGGUGAAGUGCAGGAAAAAAUUCAAAAUGAAAAUGAUGUACACUUGAGAAUGAUGAAUAAUUAUGAGAAAAUUCAGAGGAAAGAUUUGAUGAAGGGAGGAUUUGAUGAAGGGAGAGAAAAUAAUUAUUCUUUUAUUGAGAGAAAUAGUAAUAAUAUUGUUGGAGAGGUUUUUAAUAUGCCAGAGGCUCAAUUGUAUGAGAGAAAUCAGUGCUCUUAUGAUUUAAAUAGAAAUAGUAGCAGAAAUGAAGUCUAUGAUGCUCAUCGAGGUAAAAAGGAAAUUUGCCUGGCUAAUAAAUGUAAUGAAGACAGCUCCAAGAGCUGUGAUAAUUCUAUUUACGGAAAAAGUACGGGUAAUUCUAGAAAUAGAAGCAAAACUUAUGAGGAUCAUUUUAAAGAUGUUGAUAAAAUUUACACUCUGAGUCAGGAGGAUGUUAAAAUUCCUGAGCAGAAGAGGAAUAGUGUAGCGAGUUCGGUUUCUUCGUGUCGUCAUGAGGUUAUUAGAAGCGAUCGAGGAAGAGCUUUGAAGAUAGACCAGCUGGAUCCUAGGCUAAGGCGCAAUAUGAGGAAUCAGGAGAGUGUUUAUGGCGCGGGAACAAUGCAGAGAGUCUCGAGAAUCGAUGAAUUUUCGAAGAAAGUUUCUCAGUCUUCGGACGCUUUUACCUCGGAUUUGAGUUACCCGAAAUGCAGAAAGAGAGACCGUGCUGGUAGUGAACCUCCGAUUAGUAGGACUGAAAAUGCAGCCAAGAUUAGCCAAGGUAUCAAACUUAAACGAUCUGUCAGUGAUAUCGAGGUCGAGAGAGGUGAUUUAUUGACGAGAGUUGAGCUACCGAGACGGGGAAGUUUUUUGAAAUCAAACAGCACUAGGUUACCUACUAAUGUUCAUGGUGAAUUUCUAUUGAAGCUGGCAUCAACUUUAACUCAGGAUGAAUUAUACCAGCGGUCAGCAAAUAUAAUGAAACGUAGACGUCGCCCACAGAGAAGAAGAUCAACGCGUAAAUCUUGUCUUCUCGGACGAGCUAUUAGAAGAUCUGUUUCUAAAUUAAAAACUGGACCAACUGAGUUUACAUCAGUGAUAUUUCCAGCGAGGAAAUUCAACGAAAGUUUCGACAGUAGUUCAUCUUGUGAUAUAAGAAAUAGCCGAAACAGAGUUCUCGCCAGUAGAUUAAGCCGUAGAAAACCCUCAUGGAGGAGAUCAUCAAAAGUAGCCAACUCCGAGGACAGUGAUACGUGCAAGCGUGUGACUCGCAGCGCGGGUGCGAAUCGCAGCAGCAGCGGGUACGUGAGUUGCAGCGAGUGUAGCUAUGACUCGGAAUCAUGUACAUGUGUAUCUGCUGACAAGUGUUAUUGCUCACUACCGCGAAGAUCUCCUGGACAAGAAGUGACAGCAGCUGUCAAUAAUCCGGUAAUAUGUAAUUGCGAUACAGACAGCUGUUCUGAAAGUAACAAAUGCUAUUGCGCGACGAGACCCGUCACUCAGCCUACUAUCCUAGAACAGCUAAGACAGCGCGGUAUAAUUCCAUCAGAAGGUACUCUUAGUAGAGAUUGUAGUCCGGAGAGAGCGAGAAUAAUAAAAAAUAGCAAAAGUCAUUCAUCUUCACAGAGUCUAGAAUAUCAUAAGAUGCGUCCAUCUCCAGUGAGAAGUAGCUCUGACAAUUUAGCACUGGACUAUGAUUUAUUCAGCCCUGGUAAAAAAUCUCACCAGGCAUCAAAGUCAAAGAAUGAGAAAGUACUGGUAGUUAGUGCUAGAGACCCACAUGGACGGUUAGUUUACGUCGGUGGUAGUGAUAGAAACAAAAAAUCAUUCUCCAAUGGUGUGAAUCGAACUGGAGCUCAUCAUGAGGCAUUGUCUAUUAAAAAAUCAGCUGAAAUAGCAGCAGUCUUUGGACCAGAGUCUGUAAGAAGCUGCAAAAGAACCAGCAGUAUCUCAAGUAUGCGAAGUUCUGUCAGUUUAGAAGCUGGUUUAGGUUAUUUACCUUGA